ACUGCAUCCUGGACGAACAGACUCAAAUAACAUUUCGAGCGCGGGUCGUCUUCAGGCUUCAAGAUGUGGCAUGAGGCAAGGCGCCAGGAGAGGAAGAUCAGGGGGAUGAUGGUAGAUUAUAAAAGACGUGCUGAAAGACGUCGUGAUUAUUAUGAACGAAUCAAAGCUGACCCAAGUAUUUUUCUCCGGGUAUAUGGUAGGCCUGCCAAAAUCAACCUUGACCCUGCCGUUGCUAUAGCAGCUGAAAGUCCUAAAAGCAUGAUGCCAUGGCAGGGGGACACAAGUAACAUGAUUGACAGGUUUGACGUGCGAUCAAGUUUGGACAUAAUCCCGGAGUAUAAAAGGACACCUUCCCACCAGUCAGAGGAGGAGGAAAAAGAGGAACACCGGUGUAACUAUGAGAGAUAUAGGACGUUGGUCCAGAAUGAAUAUGAUGGGGUGACCCAGGAACAGUGGCUCCAUCAACUACAUCUUGAUGAACAGUUUGGUGCUACAGACAUUGAUGUUGCUAAAGAGAAAGAAGAAGAAAAGAAAAAAUUAGCAGUUAAUAAGGCAGCUAUAGGUUUCACUUAUGAAGACAGUACUCCUGUUGAGAAGAAAAAAUCUAAGAAAACUGAAAAAGGAUUAAAAGAUGAUUCCGAUGAAGAAGAAAGUAGUUCCGGCAGUGACUCAGAUAGUGAUUCAGAUCUGGAGUUCGACUUAGAUAUUAAUGUUGAUGUAGAUGAACUCACACAGGACCAAAUAGAUGUGUUAAACAGCAGUGGGACAAUGUUUGGACUGGGUGAAACAGACUAUAUUGAUUUCCUUAAAAAAGACAAAAGGGACACAGAAGAAUUUAAAUUGGCAAAAAUGGUGGAAGAAGAAAAGGCUCAAUUUUCAGGUCGCAAGUCACGACGGGAAAGGAGAGCUUAUAAGGAAAAACAGUUAAUGAACAGAAAGUUCAGUCCACCAAGUUAUGCUGCCCGUGACAGCCCAGAAUACAAACCAUACAACAAACGUGCCUCGAAGUCACGUUCCCGAUCCCGUUCUUACUCACCUCCGAGGGCCAAUCCGGUUUACAUUACAAGCUUUGGGCAUGACAGCGACGGAGAAGGCGGGGGCAUCAUGCAGGGGCCGUGUCUUCCUAACCAAAUAAUGCCAGUCGGUCCACAGCUGCCAAAUGUUGGACCACAGCUGCCGAAAGUUGAACCUCAGCUGCCGUCUUCUGCUCAAGGACCGUCACUUCCAGAAAAUAAUCCAAUCAGAUCCCGGUUAUCUAGAAGUAGGUCGAGAAAUAGAUCAAGAUCUAGAAGUUGGAGUUCAAGGUCAUCUUCAAGGUCAAGAAGUAGGUCAAGGUCAUAUAGCAGCAGAUCAAGGUCAAGGUCAUACAGCAGGUCACGAAGUAGAUCACGAAACAGGUCAAGGUCAUAUCGGAGAAGUCACAGUCGAAGUAGAACCGGAAGGUCAAGAUCCCGAGACAGGUAUCGAAGGUCAAGAUCGAGGGACAGAUAUCGUUAUUCUAGGUCAAGGUCAAGAUCAAGAAGCAGAGAGAAGAAAGUACCAAUAAAGCGCUAUCGUCGUCCAAGUCUAUCCAGCGGAAGUGACAAUGAGGUGGAGGUGUCAAGCUACAGAGAUCGCCAGUUGAAGACUAAUACAGACAUUUCAAAGUCAAAGCCAAGCUAUGGUUCUACAUUGGGUAUUAAACGAGAAACAUCUGACAAAGGUGCCAAGCUGACACAUGCAGAGAAACUGAAACGUAAAAUGCAGGCGGCUUUAAACAAACAAUACAAGAGUGACAAGAAAACACAAGAGAAGAAAGUGAUGAUGAAGGAGCGGCAGAGGAUGGACAGAGAGGACGAGAUAAGGAGCUCUGCGAUGGAGAUGAGGAAGAGAGAACGGGAAAGGAGACAUCGCGAUGCCUUGGAGAGGGAGAGAUUGGAGAGUGAGCAGAUGAAGCAGUCUCACUCUGAAAAUCGGCAAAGGAAAAGCAGUCCACGUAA